AUGACAACACUCCAUCUUUUACUUAUUCUGCUACUGGCCUGUGGCGUAGCCCAGAGCAGUAAGACUGUAAGAGUAAGUCCCUUGCAAUUCACUGGCAAGGACACUAAGGAGGAGGAGGAGGAGGACUGCUCUAUGGCUCAGCCAAGGAAAUCGACCACGAACAUUCCUCUCAUGCAUGUCCAAGCCAAGUGCUCCCCUUUCCGCAACAACGGUUCGACAUGGCUGAGUGUGAUGUUGGAGUCGAUAAAGGGCGACGAGCAGUGCUACCGCGCAAUAACCCAAGGAGCGACAAGCUUUACCACACAAGAGGACGCCGGCGUUCCGUUGGCUGUAAAGAAGGGGAGCUACGUAAUCAAUCUGGGCUUCGGCACGCCUCAGCAGAGCUUCUACACUUUGCUCGACACAGGCAGUGAAAUCACCUGGAUUCCCUGCGCUGCCUGCACCAAUUGCUCAGGUGACGUGUUCGACCCCUCCAAGUCAUCGACCUUCGAAUACGUCAACUGCACUUCGAAGGUGUGCGGGGAAGCACUGGGCAGCUGCGGGAAUGAGAAAUGCAGGUUUAGGCAGAGGUACGCCGACGGUUCAGAGGUGAACGAGUGGCUCUCCAAUGACUCGCUGGCCGUGGGUUCGCAGUCCCUGCCGGGCUUUAUUUUCGGCUAUGCCAAUUCUCUGUCAGGGCUUAUCUCCUCGUCGCUCGGUUUGGUCGGCUUUGGAAGCCAUGGGCUCUCGUUUGUUUCACAGACGGUCAAUCUGUUCCAGAAUACCUUCUCUUAUUGCCUCCCCAAUUCUGAUUCCACGGGCUGCCUUGACCUCGGGAUUGACGCCCUUAACUAUCCUGACUUGCAGUUUACGUCCCUAUUGUCAGACGCUUCUAACCCAACGUUCUACUACGUGCGCUUAAUCGCAAUUUCUGUUGGCGCACAGCGAGUGUUGAUAGAUUCUGCAACAAUUAUAGACUCCGGAACAACUAUCACUCGACUGGUGGAACCCUUUUACAGUGCUGUCAGAGACACUUUCCUCCUCCAAUUCAAAAAUUACAGUCUGGCUGCUCCGUACGGAAUUUUUGAUAUGUGCUUCUACAUUCAUUCCGGAGGCAUCAAGGUGCCUCAGAUCACGUUGCAUUUUGAUAGGGAUGUCAACGUGUCUCUUCCGUCGGAUAAUUUUUUGAUUCGCACCAAUGUGGAGGGGUCGGUGGCAUGCUUGGCUUUCGCGCCUCCAUUAGAGGAGGAGGCUCCCGGCAUAUCCGUAUUUGGAAAUUUCCAGCAGCGUAACUUCCGAUAUGUGUAUGACAUUCCUGGCUCUCGACUUGGAAUUGCACCUCAAAGCUGUAAUCGCUGUUAG